AUAUAUUUUAAAAAUGAAACGCACACAGUAGUCUGUAUAAUUUUUAGGAGAACAUUCAUACCACCAUUACUUGAUAAAAGGCAAGACAUAUUUAUUACCUUUAAAAUAUCUCAUGAAAAUCAACAAGAAUUCAAUGUAAGUGACAAAGAUUUAUAUGAUGAAGUGUACAUUGUAUCAAAUUCAAUUACUCCCAAUGAAAUACACAAUACUUAUUAUGUCAACCUAAUUCAAGCACAAGUAGAUGCCCUCAUUUAUGAUUCUAAUGUUUAUGAAUACUUUGAAACUAUUAUAAAAAUAAAGCCCUCCUACUUUGAAUAUAUAAAAAUGUUUCUCAAGUCCAUGUUAAUUAUCUUAAAAGAAGGAGAAGUAAUGAUAAAUUCAGAUAUAAUAGAGUUUUUGGGAGAAGACACAAAGGUGGAAAGAAAUCUUGAAUACUUACUGAACGUUAUAAUGAAUAAAAUAACAGGUUUAAAUUUGUUAGAUACUCAUAAAAGUGAAAAAAUAAAAAUUAACAAAUUUUUGCAUCGCCUUUCGGAUUACUUGAUAUAUUGCCUUCAUUCAGGCUUCAUAUCGCAUAAAUAUAAUGUAACCGAUUUUAUAAAUGGAUGUCUAUCUAUAAACAAAGACAACAAAUUGACUAUUGAUAGUAUAGUUAAUUUUUUUCUACAUUUACGAGAAAAAGAUUACAGCAACAGAUACGAAUUGAAUUGUCUGGAUUUAUUAAAAGAAGAUUCAUCAAACGAUAUUGAAAUAGGGAAAUUGUUGGAUAGUAAUAAAUAUUAUAUCAACGACUUUUUUCUUUUUUAUUUACAUCAGUGUGGGUACGUAAACAAAUAUUAUUAUUAUAAAGAAGAUAAUAAUUAUAAGAAAAUAAUAUCAUAUAUUUUAAAGUAUGGGAAGAAUUUUGAAAUAAAAAAAAAGAUAUGUAAGAAUUUAUUAAUAUUUUCAAAUGAUUAUAAAAAUAAAUAUAUUCCUUUAGUAAAUUCAAUGAUAUGUUUUUUAAGUUUUAAUUAUUAUGAGAAGAAUUUUUGUUUAUUUAUAUUAAGUACAUUAAUAAAUAUUACAAAUAAUAAUGAUGAAUUAAAAAAUCGUUUAAUUGAAUUAAAUAUUAGUACAUUAUGUAAUUUUUUAAUAUUAUUAAAUGAUAUAGAUAUUACAAAUAAAAUUAUUUUAUUAUAUAUUAAUUUAUGUAAAGAACAAUAUAUGUGUGAAGACUUUAUAAAUAAAGGACUUCUUAUACAUUUCUUAGAUAUAUUAUUUCGUUAUUAUUAUAUUGAUUUAUAUAUAAAAAAACAAAUAUGUAUUAAUAUAUUAUGUAUUAUAGGACAUAUAUUUAAUUGUAAAAAAUAUUAUAUAUUCAUAUUAAAUUAUUAUAAUGGUUUAUUACAACUAGCCAUCUAUAUAUACCAAACAACAGAUUUUAUUCAAUUCGAUAAAUUAAAAUUAAUUUUCUUUUUUAAACAAAUUUCUCAACAUAGUUAUAUCAUCAAAGAUAAAAUUUGUAAACAUAUCGUACCAUUAGUUAUCAAAGAAAUCUAUUUAUACAUUAACAAAGAUUUUAUUUAUUCUUCUCUACAUUUAAUCAAUACUUUAACAGAUUAUAAAAAUAAUUGCUUGUAUCUUCAAAAAGUCAAAAUUUUUUAUCUAUUCAAUUUUAUCAAGCAACUAAAAAUUUUGGAUCUUUAUCAAAAAGUGGAGCAAUUGGAAAACAAACUCAAGAAAAUCCUUAACAUGAUUUAA